AUGGACGAAUCCUUCCUUCUAAUGCUCUCAAACCUCCUCCACCUCCACAACUCCUUAGACCCAUCAAUCUCCCUUCUCUCUUCCACCCCAUCUUCCUCCUCCGUCACCUCGUCUUCCCCUUCCUCCUCCCUCCUAUCCACCUCCUCCGCCGCGCCUCUCCUCUUCUUCACCCUCGCCUCCCUCCUCUCCUUCCUCGCCUGCUCCAAACCCAACAAGAACGGCUCCGCCGGCCGCAAAUCCGGCAACUCCCCGCGCCUGGCGCCGCCGGCGAACGGCGCGUACACCGUCGCAGCCUUCCAAUCUCUCAGCAACGACUGGUCGUCGGCCCCUCUUCGCGAUGCGCAGUGGAGGGCUCUCUACGGGCUCUCCUACCCUGUUUUCACUAAAGUCGUCGAGAAGCUGAAGCCCCACAUCGCCUCUUCCAACCUCUCCCUCCCCUCCGAUUUUGCUGUGUCGAUGGUCCUCUUCAGGCUCGCACAUGGUUACUCGGCCAAGUCACUUGCUUCCCGGUACAGUCUUGAGCCCUACUUGAUUUCGAAAAUCACUAACAUGGUUACUCGCUUGUUGGCUACUAAGCUUUACGCCGAGUAUGUUAAGAUCCCGGCUAGUAAGCGCAAGUUGAGUGAGGUUACUCAAGCUUUCGAAGAGAUGACUUCACUGCCUAACUUGUGUGGAGCCAUUGAUGGAACCCCGAUCAGGCUCCGUUCUUUCCCGACCAAUGAAUCAAACCUGUAUCAGUGUCAGUAUGGGUAUCCUUCGGUCCAGCUGCAGGUUGUUUCGGAUCACAAGAAGAUGUUCUGGGAUGUUUGUGUGAAGGCGCCCGGUGCUGUUGAUGACGCGACCCAUUUUCGGGAUAGUUUGUUGUACAACAGGAUGGUCUCUGAUGAUAUUGUGUGGGAUAAGGUGAUCAAUGUUCGAGGUCACCAUGUGAGGCCCUAUGUAGUUGGAGAUUGGUGUUACCCUUUGAUGGCGUUCCUAAUGACGCCCUUUUCGCCCAAUGGGUCGGGAACUCCUUCACAGAACCUGUUCGAUGGAAUGCUGAUGAAAGGAAGGUCUGUGGUAGUUGAUGCGAUUGGACUGUUGAAGAGUAGGUGGAAGAUCUUGCAGGAUUUGGAUGUGGGUCUAAGCCAUGCCCCACAAACGAUUGUUGCAUGCUGUGUGUUGCAUAAUGUGUGCCAGCAAAUGAGAGAGCCGGAGCCUGAUGUUUGGAGGGAGCCGGAUGAGACUGCCGCUCCUACGAGGGUGCUUGAGAGCGAGAAAUCGUUUCAUUAUUUCGGGGAUAGCUUGCGGCAGGCUCUUGCUGAUGAUUUGCACCACAGGCUUUCUUCAAGGUAG